GCCUAGUCUGAUUUCUCCUUCCUUCCCCUAAAUUGCAGCAGUUCCCUCCUGGAGAGAGGCACGCAGAGCAGUGUUUACCUGUGAAUCGGAUAGCUUUGCUCUUACUCCUCUCAAAUUCUCUCUCCUUCUCCUUCCAUUUGAGAUCUGAGCGUUUCUCUUUACACUUUGCUUGGCGCUUUGUGACCUGCUACCUGCUCGCUCUCCUUUCUCCGGCCCAUUCCUCUCUUCUGCGACCGUUUUGCAGGUAUGUUGCUUUCCCGCGAUCUACGUUUCCGUGAAUUCUCGACUUUGUUUUUGCUUCCGAUUUCUGCUCUGUUUCUGUUUCUUCCGUCUUCGCUCUUUCCUAUUCGCCAUUUUGGAAGCUCUUUCCCACCUCGAAAAACGUUUGGUACUGGUCGUCACUUUUACGGCCGUCAUAUCUCAUCGUUGUCAACCUAAUUUCACGUCAUUAUGAAGUCCAUUGUUUGGAUCCCUUCAAUGUGGCGAGGAGACCAGGCCAGCAGACAUCUGUUUGACUAGCCGAUGACUGAAAGAUUGGAGGUGUUGCUAGAUUGAUGAUACAGGAUGUGUGUCACUGUCAGUGGCAAUACAGAUGUACUAUAGAUGAAAUGUCUGCUAUUAAUCUGUGACUUAGUCAAAUAUGAUGAUGGUAGAAAGUCAAUUUUGACCCACUUGGGGCAAGGGUUUUACCGUAUAGUAUAGUCGUGACUUGACUAAUUCAUUCAGGGGUUGCAUUUGGUUUCCAGUGCUGGCUCAAAUGGCUCCUCCUACUGAGGCUCAAAACAAGGCUCCUGUGGCCGCUGUGCCAUACUCGCACCCUCCUCUCAAUGAGCGGAUACUUACCUCUAUGACUAGGCGGUCUGUCGCUGCUCACCCGUGGCACGAUCUUGAGAUAGGCCCUGGAGCUCCCAAGAUAUUCAACUGUGUGGUUGAGAUUGGAAAAGGCAGCAAGGUGAAAUAUGAGCUUGACAAGAAGAGUGGGCUCAUCAAGGUUGAUCGCGUGCUUUACUCUUCAGUUGUGUAUCCCCACAACUAUGGCUUUGUCCCACGUACUCUGUGUGAAGACAACGAUCCCUUGGAUGUGCUGGUUAUUAUGCAGGAACCAGUCCUUCCUGGCUGCUUUCUUCGAGCUAAGGCCAUUGGAGUCAUGCCUAUGAUCGAUCAGGGUGAGAAAGAUGACAAGAUCAUAGCUGUUUGUGCUGACGAUCCUGAGUACCGCCACUACAAUGAUAUCAAGGAGCUACCACCCCAUCGCCUAGCUGAGAUUCGUCGCUUCUUUGAAGACUUGAUGUUAGAUAAGAAGAACGAAAACAAGGAAGUUGCUGUGAACGACUUCCUCCCAGCUACUGAUGCCUUCCAGGCUGUUCAGCAUUCAAUGAAUAUGUAUGCUGACUACAUCGUUGAGAGCUUGAGGAGGUAGUCUGUAUCUCCACACCAUACUUCUGCUGACAGUUUCAUCCUAUAGCGUAUGCAAAGCUGCUGCUGCUGCUGCUGCAUAUACAUACAGAUCAUAGAUAAUCACUUGCCAGAAUUUGGAUUUUGCCUGUGAUGUGUUUGCUCUAAACCCGAGGAUAUACCAUUUCCAUUUAUCACAAGUUCGUGUGACUGCUUUCCUUAUGAAUUCAAACUCCAAGGUGAUGUUGACGAAAAAAAUUAUCCUGCUGCUUCGCGUGUUGCUAAAUACGAGAAUUGUUGUAAUGAAAAGUGAGAACAAGG